AUGGCGCGAUGGCGCCGAGGGCGGAAAGGUCUUGACCUAGACGGGUGCGGGGGCCUCCCAAUCCGCGGUAGACUGCAGUCCAGGAGCCCAGGACAGACUUCAGUAGUGGAGGAGCAAGUUCAUGGGAAGCCGCUUACUAUGUUAGGAGCCUGGAAGAUGUCGCAUAAGAAGACGAAGGUCGACAAACCUGGAGAGGAGCAAUACUAUGGUAAGUCUGGCACAUACUUGCAAAAUUACGCGACGGCGUUCAAAAAACUGCAUGGGGAGGAUUCUCAGCCCCUUGAGGAGGAGGUCGACGAGACGGUGGUGAUCGUGUCAGGGCUCGGCAAGCGGCAUGGCCGCCAUCAGAUUCUUGAUGGGACUUCUCUAGACGAGGUAUACGAUAGGCUCUAUGAGAGUUAUGAGGAGAAGCUUGAGGAGUACGUGAAGUCGGUUGAAGCCCACGAUGCGUACCAGGCCAGCCAUAAUGCGGCGGUGAUGGCGUAUAUUACUACUGGAGUUCAGCCAACUAUGGGAUCUCCGCCACCACCAAACCACCGCUACCAAGGAUCCCAACGAGAGAAGAAUUCCUCGCCUCGGUCACCUCAGGAAUUCCGGGAUCAGCUCAGUCCAGCACUGAUAUUGGUCGUGCUUCUGCCUCGCCCUCACCCUCGCCCAGCCAGUCGCGGCCUAUCACUCCGAUUCAUACCGGAAGUAGUCGUGGUCCUAGUGCUUCUGCUGAGCCUGCUGACUUGCCGUUUCAGUGAUGAUGCUCUAGGAGGCAGACCUUGACAAGUGCGGGAACUCGAAGUCCGUUGUUUGUGAUUGUUGAACUUGUAGUGUCUUGCUUGUGUCCUGUGACAUGUAUCAUGAAGAACAUAUAUAUGUGAAUUUGUCGUGCUUGUGUCAUUAUGUAUACAUGUGAACUCGUUGUGUUUGGGCCAUUUGACAUGAGGACUAUAUGUGCACAUGCAUUGGUGGCUGUUAAUCAUCUGUUGCACUUUAUGUGAGAUUGUCUAUCUGUUAUGUGUAAUUUUUUGUUUAUGUACUGAUAUAUAAUAUAUAUGCUCA